UGUACUAACUCAUCUUUUGUUUUUAGUUUGCAGUUUUAGUUGAUUCAAUAAAUUGGUAGCAAAUCAACAUGAGUUUUGAAAUAAUCGUUUUACAGCAAGGUUAUGCUUACACAGACGAUAAAGGUUAUAAAGCUAGUGGAACAUCAACUUUAAUCAGGGGAUCUAUAAAUGUUAUUGUCGAUACUGGAGGACCUUGGGAGAAAGAUCAACUGUUAGAAAGAUUAAAGGAUAAUAAUCUAAAUCCAGGAGACAUUGAUGUAGUUGUGGGAACGCAUGGUCAUUCAGAUCAUAUUGGAAACUUGAAUUUGUUCCCACAUGCUAAACAAAUUGUUGGAUUCGAUAUAAACAUUGGGCAUGAGUAUCUGAGCCAUAAUUUUAAAAAGGGUUUUUCAUUUGUGUUAGUUGAAAAUGAAAUAGAAAUUGUACCAACACCUGGUCACACACACGCUGAUGUGACAGUUAUUGUUUAUAAUACCAAAAAAUAUGGUGUGGUCGGCAUCUGUGGGGAUUUGUUUGAAUCUAAACAUGAUGAUGGAAUAUGGCAAACAGUGAGUGAAAAUGUUGAGUCACAACAACUGCACAGGAAAAAAAUUGUUAAUAUGUGUGAUUAUUUGAUUCCGGGGCAUGGACCAAUGUUCAAAGUUACAAAAAAUUUGAAACACCUCCAUGCAAUAGGGUUAUAGGCGGAUAGGGUUUAUCAAUAUAUAUAAAGUUAACAACAAGUCAGUUUGGAAUCAUGGUCAUUGUUGGCGGUAAAAUAUUUUUCAAAUGAACUCUAUGUAUUAUAUUCCCUACCAACUGUAAAUAUUUAACGAGUUGUCGGUAGUUCGCUUAACAUCUUCUGCACAUCUUUAAAAA